CCGGCUGGGGGAGUAGGUUGAAGUCGCCUAAGAUGCCCGGUGGGCUGGGACACGCUGAGCUGUGAAGAGGGCGUGAGGAGGGGCGAGGGAAGACCCGCAGCAGGCCUAAACAAGAGCGGCGGCCGAGCCCGCCUUCCCUGCACCAUGCUUAUAGAGGAUGUGGAUGCCCUCAAGUCCUGGCUGGCCAAGUUACUGGAGCCUAUAUGUGACGCUGACCCUUCAGCCUUGGCCAACUAUGUUGUAGCACUGGUCAAGAAGGACAAACCUGAGAAAGAAUUGAAAGCCUUUUGUGCCGACCAACUUGAUGUCUUUUUACAAAAAGAAACUUCAGGUUUUGUGGAUAAACUAUUUGAAAGUCUCUAUACUAAGAACUACCUUCCACCUUUGGAACUAGUUAAGUCUGAGCCAAAACCACCAGUGCAAGAAAAAGAAGAAAUUAAAGAAGAGAUAUUUCAGGAGCCAGCAGAGGAAGAACGAGAUGGCAGAAAAAAGAAAUAUCCUAGUCCCCAGAAGUCUCGUUCAGAAUCUAGUGAACGAAGGACACGUGAGAAAAAAAGAGAAGAUGGCAAGUGGAGAGACUACGAUCGGUACUAUGAGCGAAAUGAAUUGUACCGUGAGAAGUAUGACUGGAGAAGAGCCAGGAGUAAGAGCCGGAGUAAGAGCCGAGGCCUGAGUCGAAGUCGGAGCCGAAGUAGGGGGCGCAGCAAAGACCGGGAUCCAAAUAGGAGUGUUGCAGAGCACAGGGAAAGAUCAAAAUUUAAGAGUGAAAGGAACGACUUGGAGAGUUCCUAUGUGCCUGUGUCUGCACCACCUCCAAACUCUUCUGAGCAGUAUUCCUCUGGGGCACAGUCUAUUCCCAGCACUGUUACUGUGAUCGCACCUGCGCACCACUCUGAAAAUACAACAGAGAGUUGGUCUAAUUACUAUAACAAUCAUAGCUCUUCCAAUUCUUUUGGUCGAAACCCACCACCAAAGAGGCGAUGCAGAGAUUACGAUGAAAGAGGAUUUUGUGUACUUGGUGACCUUUGUCAGUUUGAUCAUGGAAAUGAUCCCCUGGUUGUUGAUGAAGUUGCUCUGCCAAGCAUGAUUCCUUUCCCUCCACCACCUCCUGGGCUUCCUCCUCCACCACCUCCUGGAAUGUUAAUGCCUCCAAUGCCAGGCCCAGGCCCAGGCCCUGGCCCGGGCCCGGGCCCAGGCCCAGGGCCAGGCCCAGGUCCAGGUCCUGGCCACAGUAUGAGACUUCCUGUUCCCCAAGGACAUGGCCAGCCCCCGCCUUCUGUUGUGCUUCCCAUACCAAGACCACCUAUAACACAGUCAAGCUUGAUAAACAACCGUGACCAGCCUGGGACAAGUGCAGUGCCCAAUCUUGCACCAGUGGGAGCAAGACUACCUCCUCCUUUAUCCCAGAACCUCCUUUAUACAGUAUCAGAACGACAGCCCAUGUACUCUCGUGAACAUGGUGCUGCUGCAUCUGAGCGACUUCAGUUGGGGACACCGCCUCCUCUGUUGGCAGCUCGUUUGGUGCCACCUCGAAACCUCAUGGGAUCCUCCAUUGGGUACCAUACCUCAGUCUCCAGCCCCACCCCUCUGGUCCCAGAUACAUAUGAGCCAGAUGGUUAUAAUCCAGAAGCUCCUAGUAUUACCAGUUCUGGUAGAUCUCAGUACAGACAGUUCUUUUCAAGAACACAGACACAGCGCCCAAACCUGAUUGGCCUAACAUCUGGAGAUAUGGAUGCGAAUCCAAGAGCUGCUAACAUUGUCAUCCAGACUGAACCACCAGUUCCUGUUUCAAUUAAUAGCAACAUAACCAGAGUAGUUCUUGAACCAGAUAGCCGAAAAAGAGCUAUGAGUGGUUUGGAAGGGCCACUCACAAAGAAACCUUGGCUGGGAAAGCAAGGGAAUAACAAUCAGAGUAAACCAGGAUUCUUGAGAAAGAAUCAGUAUACAAACACCAAAUUAGAAGUCAAGAAAAUCCCUCAGGAAUUGAACAACAUCACCAAGCUCAAUGAACACUUCAGCAAAUUUGGAACUAUUGUUAACAUCCAGGUUGCUUUUAAGGGAGAUCCAGAAGCAGCCCUCAUCCAAUACCUUACCAAUGAGGAGGCCAGGAAAGCCAUUUCCAGCACUGAAGCAGUUCUAAACAACCGAUUCAUUCGAGUCCUGUGGCAUAGGGAAAACAAUGAGCAACCAGCACUACAGUCCCCAACACAGCUGCUCCUGCAACAACAGCAAACACUUAGUCACCUGUCCCAGCAGCACCAUCACCUGCCACAGCACCUUCAUCAGCAGCAGGUGCUGGUGGCCCAGUCUCCUCCCUCAGCGGUACAUGGAGGUAUCCAGAAGAUGAUGAGCAAACCACAGACAUCAGGUGCAUAUGUUCUUAACAAAGUUCCUGUUAAACAUCGUCUUGGACAUGCAGGUGGGAACCAGAGUGAUGCAGCACACUUGUUGAAUCAGUCCGGUGGUGCUGGAGACGAUUGCCAGAUAUUUUCAGCUCCAGGCCAUCCAAAAAUGAUUUACAGCUCCUCAAACUUAAAGACACCUUCAAAACUUUGUUCAGGGUCUAAAUCUCAUGAUGUUCAAGAAGUUCUUAAAAAGAAGCAGGAAGCAAUGAAGUUACAGCAAGAUAUGAGGAAAAAGAGGCAAGAAGUGUUAGAAAAACAAAUAGAAUGCCAAAAGAUGCUAAUAUCCAAGCUAGAAAAAAACAAAAACAUGAAGCCAGAAGAGAGAGCAAAUAUAAUGAAGACUUUGAAAGAGCUUGGAGAAAAGAUCUCACAAUUGAAAGAUGAAUUAAAAACAUCUUCUGCAGUCUCCACACCAUCUAAAGUAAAGACAAAAACAGAGGCCCAGAAAGAACUGUUAGAUACUGAACUGGACCUUCACAAGAGGCUUUCCUCAGGAGAAGACACAACAGAGUUACGGAAAAAACUCAAUCAGUUACAGGUUGAGGCUGCACGAUUAGGUAUUUUACCUGUGGGUCGAGGAAAGACCAUGUCCUCUCAAGGUCGAGGAAGAGGCCGAGGCCGUGGAGGAAGAGGAAGGGGCUCACUGAAUCACAUGGUGGUGGACCACCGCCCCAAAGCACUAACAGUUGGGGGAUUCAUUGAGGAGGAAAAAGAUGAAUUACUUCAGCAUUUCUCAGCUGCAAACCAAGGGUCAAAAUUCAAAGACCGUCGGCUACAAAUAUCAUGGCACAAGGCCAAGGUGCCUUCUGUAUCCACCGAGACUGAGGAAGAAGAAGUCAAGGAGGAGGAAACAGAAACCUCAGAUUUGUUUUUGCAUGAUGACGACGACGAAGAUGAAGAUGAAUAUGAGUCUCGUUCGUGGCGAAGAUGAAAUCUGAUGCGAGCUGUAUAAUUUUUAGGAAUAUUGUUUAGAAGAACAACUUUUUAAAAUUAUUUAAGGAAGUCAAUGAGCCAAAAAAAUUUUUUUUUAUUUUUCUUUUCAACACAGUAGGUUUAAGGACAGCAAGUUUACUAUUUAAACACAUCUCGUAACUGUUCAUGAUAUUAAAACACCAAAGGCCUAGUGACUUUUACACAGUUGUGAAGAUCCACAGGAAUGACAUGGAUAAUCUCUAGAGCCUUAUCUUCCACACCACCUGUUUUUGUUGCUAUUGGUGUUGGAUUAUGUAAAUGACAGGGUGUUCAAAAAUUUUAUUUUGGAUUAUAAUCUGCUGAUAAAAUUUCAUUAAAUGUCAAAAUCGCCUGAAUCUCUUAACUCUCAACUAUUAUGGAUGGGUCGUCAGAUAGUAGGAGAUAUUUGUAAUUAAAAUACCCUUUUGCUUUCAAGAGUUGUCUUGGAAGGAAAGUAAAUUUAUUUUAAUUUUUUUACUGUGGAGAAGCCCAAUUUGUAUUCAAUCUAAAUUUUGGGAGGGAUUUUUAUGUGCAGUAGUAAGUACUAUUUUAGUGUAAAUCAUAACAAACUCGGUGUCCUUAAAUGCUGUAAGGCAAUAGUAGCUAGCUCCAUGAUAUUUCCAUUCUGUCAUCAUAUUAACUCUCCUGGACUGCUGCUACUGAUCCUUAGUUUGCUUUGAAAUUAGUGAGCAUUGGUUUAGUUGGUCCUUUUUUUUUUGUUUUAACAUUCUCGGCAUAUAAAAGGCUUUCACCUAUUGCCCUUUUCUCAUCCCCAUUUUCUUUCUCCUGCCUUUUUAUUAAUAGGCUUGACUUACCCAUUAUUGAGAUAAGUGAUUCUUUUGGGCCGCCAAAAGUCAGUCCCCAAUAAAAAAUUUAAACCAG